AUGGUAAUUUGUUGGCUGCUAAUCAGUGCUGCCUGUGUGUGUAUUACUGCUGUUCGCUGCAUAGAUCUGCACAUUGGUGGCGUCUUUCCGAUGGAAGCUGGUUCAGGUGGCUGGGCUGGUGGUGAAGCGUGUUUACCGGCAGUACAAAUCGCCCUUCAGGAUGUCAAUGAUAAUGCCAAUAUUCUGCCUGGUUUUACACUCAAGCUGCAUUAUCACAAUAGUAAAUGUCAGCCGGGAUUAGCAGCGAAACAGCUGUACGAAUUGCUUUACAAAGCCCCAACAAAGCUGAUGCUGUUGGCUGGAUGUAGUCCUGUAACAACUGUUUUUGCCGAAGCCGCUCCAGUUUGGAAUCUUGUCGUGCCCGAAAAUAUUCAUUAA